ACAUGCUUAGCAUGGAGCUGUUCCUCUCCCUCAUCAUGUCUUGUCAGUUUGUCUUUUGCUCUUUUUGUAUUAUUGAAAUCUAACCACCAGAAGUGCUGUUUUCCUCUGGCGACCAGUGGUUACAGCUCAAAAGUGGGUCCAGUUUCCAGGCGUGUGCUCUGAAGCUGAGUAAAAAAGGUUAUUUCCACUUUUACCUCAAGCUCCAUGUGCAAGUAGAACGAAGAGGAAGGUGCUGGCGAAUCUGUCGAUGGCAGGUUGCGCCUUUACAAGUGUUUAGUUCUGGAAAAUUCCACCAAGCUGAGCUUGUAGGCGGCAGGCAACAAGUAGAAGCAGGUGCCAUUAGGUAGGAGAACCGUCGACGAUAGAUUCGAGAGGGGGCAUAUUUGAAAUUCUUCUAACCCUGAGAGUCCGCCCAGACCCAACUCUUGCACACCAAAACCAUGCUAGGCAGAUGCGGGGGAAAAAGUCACUUCUAGUCUGCGUUUCAAAGAGGGAAAAGUCCUCAGAACGUAGAAGAGGGUCGGAUGCGUCAGGAGCAAGGACUGGCCUCAGGAGUCCAGCAAAAGUCUUUUUUCUAUUCCUUAAGAAGAAUGCCCAGAACAGACAAUGCAAAGUCUUGCUCUGCACGGGCGAGCAAAAGACCCUGUUGCUGUCUUGCUGCUCACUGGCACGCCGCUCCUUGCAGAUCGAUCGUUGCUUUGUACUUGUUCCCACGGCUGAGAGCCGAGCGAACACACGAACCUAUGAAAUUGCUGCUAUUAGUACAUACGCCUCGGAAUGCAGAGGAUGACGCCAUAUGGCAUAAAUCCUGGUAAAGUUAAAACCUAAAAAAGUGAAAUUCCUCGAUAAGUGGAAGCUCAACAUCAGCCCCCCGAAAAUACACGUGAGGAUUUUGAUGAACAUUUUCUGAAUCAAAGAUCACUCCAUUCCCUGAUUGCUACAAAUCUACGAGGGCAAGCCCUCAAAAUCUGCGAGGAAUCAUAUAUAGUAAGCUACAAAUCGGAUGAUAGUCACUCACAUGCGAACAAGGCCUAAACGAACGUGGUGAACCUGGAAAGUUCAGAUUUGUAUUCCCUAAUUCUCAACUGAAGGCGUCCACUAGUGACAAGAGGAGCGUUCCAGUUUGUCCAUGCCCGUGAAUGUGGCCCCGAGAAAUUACACAGAGCCAGGUUCGACUGCACUGCUGCUCCUUUUCAUGGCUCUGACGCGUCUCCCACUGUCCUGGAAUCAUCCGGCUCACUUAUUGCUCCGCAACUCUCAUAAAGUCCCAGCAAUCCAGACCUGGUCCCAAUUUCGGUGCUCACACCAAUCCCCCAUCCGGCCCAUAAACAGUUGUGCUGGAUCUUCCCUCCUCC